AUGCUCCCUCAAAUCCUUCUUGUUAGCACGUGGCUCACCUCAUUUCCUGGCGGAGGAGCUAUCAAUAGAGCGGUUCCAGUGGAGCAAAGUAACCGCCCACUCCGGGCGCUCACAUUGCCUCGGAUGACCACGCGUCAGAGCCGAGGCUUGGAGUAUUCAUAUAUGGAUACCUCUUCGAUCUCUGAGAUAGAAGCCAAUGGCAGCGUGGGGGCUGUAGACGGGAUGAACGAGGUGCUUGUCUCAGACCAAAUGGCCAAAGAAUCGACCCCAGUGACGGCUAUGCCUCCUCACAAGCGUGCAGAAAUGAAGGAAAAUUGGAGGAAAAAUCAAGGACAUGUGAUCUCACUUUUUAAUGAGUCAUCCGAGCUUCUGAGUAUUCACUCUGAGAUUCGAAGUCAAUUGGCAUGGAUGAAAGAAAACAAUCAAGUCCAAAACUCAGAUUUUUUUAAAGUGGUAGAUCUGGUUAAAAAAGCACAAGAAACCAUGUCUAUUUUUAAGCAAAUAAAGUUAUUAGAGUUGGGGAAAGCUGAUUUCAAAAUAAUCAACUGUUUUCUUGAUCAAGAUGCUGUAAGAGAAAUAUUUCAAGAGGAUAAAUUGGUUGAGCAAAUUAUUUUCUACGCCUCUGAACGUUUUGAGAGUGAAAUAAAAGAAGAUAUCUGGGUUAGCUUUACUAGUUUGACUGAUCAUUGGUACUGGGCACAAUUGAAUGAUUGUUUCAAAGGUAAGUACUCCUCAUCUGAUAUUCUAGCUCUGAUACUCCCCUGA